AUGGCUACUUUCUCUGAAGAUCUCAAAGCCAAUGAUGUGUUGUCGGCCUUAAGAAAUCUAUGCUCCGAGGAAAUCGGCUUUACUCUCACCACUAAGGAGACUGAGAAAGGUCCGGUGAUCGAGCCUUUGAAAAUCAUCCACUACGAAGAUCUUGUUGAGUGGAAGAUUGACGCCAGCUUCGAUUGCAGCAGAGCCCUUUCGACUCUUCACGAUAUUGUUUUCAAGCUCAAUUCGACCACCCCAUUAUGGAAAAUAGUUAUUUUUAAUAAUUGUCACGUGUUUUUUAUCACAGAUCAUGUUAUCUGCGACGGCACAGCCAUCAUCAAUUUCCAACGGCUUUUUGUCAAGCAUCUCAAUGCGGCUCGACAGUUUCCUAAAAGAGAAGCUCCUUUUUCCCAAUCCGUUGUCUUUGAUAGGUCUCAGUCGGAUACUUCGUAUUUCUCAAGUUCCGUUGAUUCCUACCUUAAUCUUAGACCUUCUUUGGCCUUUUUAGCUACCACUGUCAUGAAGACCUAUGCACCUACUUGGCUUCAAAAUAUGGUCAAGCCUUCCAAAUUUGGUCCGUUCAAUCUUACCGGUACCGUUUAUCCCAUUCCUUCCGGUAUCGCACCGUCUGUUCAUACCAAUAUCCACUGUGUUUCCAUCACUACUGAUCAGAUGAACCGCCUACAUAAUUUGGCAAAAUCUCAUGGCGUCAAACUCACUUCACUCUUGAUGUAUCUAAUUGCCAAAUCGUUUGAGACUAUCAUCGACACGUGUAAUAUGACACGUGAUUUGCAUGUUGAAAUACCUGUGAAUUGUCGUCAUCUGAUAGAUUAUAGAGCUGUUCUGGAGAAGGAACCUGGAUACACCGGUCUAACAGGUUGCUAUGCAUCCAGUAUCGGUAUUAACAUGCCUUCAAAGCCUUUGCAAAAUGAAGAUGAUCGUUUAAAUUGGGAUUAUGUGGCUUCUUUUCAAUUAGAACUUGACAGGUCAUUUAACGCACGUGACCCGCAAUCUCUACUAGGAUUACUCAAUUACAUUGGUGUGGAAAGUUACAUAAAAGAUAUAUCUGAGAAGCAAUCAUUUAGUGGCUCUACGCUUGAGUUAUCCAAUGUGGGAUAUUUUGAAUUGCAACAGUCUGAUGAGAAAUCUUACUAUAAGAUAGAAGAUAUAUGGUUUAGUCAGUGUGCCGGAAUGACAGGAUCGCUAAUUGAUGUUAAUGUGAUUGGAUUUGAGAAGGGUCUUAGAAUUACUCUUGGGUGUGAUCAAAUGAUGCCAUUGGCUAAUAAAGUGGGGGAUAUGGCUCACAGGUUGGUCACAGAUCUUAGUGAAAUAUAG